AUGGGAUGGAGAGAUUAUUAUAAAGAUUAUCUCUCAAUUUUUGGAUCUGGUGAUGAUUAAUGUCCUUUAAAUCAUGUACAUGUACCUGGUUUCCAUCCACAUUAAUGUCUGUGUAAUUGGUAGUAAUAUAUUUUAGCUAUUUCUGAAGUUUGUAUAGGAGUAACAAAAGUAGAAGUUAGAAUUCUUUUUAAAGAUUAACAUUUAUGUCAUCCCAGAUUCAAAACAACUAAAAUGAAAAUAGAUAAUACAACUGUAAUUUGUUAGGAUGGUUAUAUGUUGUAAAUAGAUUUAACAUUAGACUAGAAUUUCAUUUACUCAUGUGUUCGUAAGAAUAUUUAUUAUAUAUAAUAGCUGCUUGGGAAGGAAAAUGUUAUAUAUAUUACAAUUCACCAAGAAACAGAGGAUGUUAUAGAUGUUAUAACUUUUAAUCUUAAAUUACUUUCUAUCAUCUUAUUUAUUUUAAUUUAUAAUAUUCAAUUUAUUUUAAUCUUCAUAUUUUGAUUUAGAAUAUUUAUAUAUAAGGAUCAUCUUUAACUUUAUCUCUUAAUUUAUUUUUAAUAAUCAACUUAUCAACAUUUUUCUUCCAAUUUCUUCAAUUAGUAAUACACAAUUUUUAUUCCAUCACUUGUUAAUUAAUAUUAAUAUGCUUAUAUUCAUUGUAAAUUCUUUUUGCAUCUCUCUUGUUUUAUUUUCUUACUGCUAAUAACAUUAUACUUAAAAAGUCAAAACUUUUUUUUUGUCAAUAUUUAAAAUUAAAAUGA